AUGGGUGUCCCCGCGCUUUUCCGAUGGCUGUCCAAUAAAUACCCGAAGAUCAUCUCCGCCGUGAUUGAGGAGUUCCCGCAGGUGGUAGAUGGCGACGAAAUCCCGAUCGAUGCUACGCGCGCGAACCCGAAUGGCGAGGAGAUGGAUAACCUCUAUCUGGAUAUGAACGGAAUCGUCCACCCGUGUACCCAUCCCGAGGGCCGCCCGCCGCCCGCCAAUGAGCAGGAAAUGAUGCUGGAGAUCUUCAAGUACACUGAUCGCGUGGUCAACAUGGUUCGCCCAAGAAAGCUUCUCAUGAUCGCUAUCGAUGGUGUUGCUCCCCGCGCCAAGAUGAACCAGCAGCGCGCGCGUCGUUUCCGCUCUGCCCAAGAAGCACGAGAAAAUGAUGAGAAGAAGGAGGAGCUUCAGAAGAUGCUCGCUAAGCAGCAAGCGAAAAAGGGUGGAGAUGCGGUCAUCCAGGAGGAAGUGAUUCAGAAAACUUGGGAUAGCAACGUCAUCACACCUGGAACUCCCUUCAUGGAUAUUCUCGCCGCCUCACUGCGUUACUGGAUUGCUUACAAGCUGAACACUGACCCUGCUUGGGAAAAGAUGAAAAUCAUCAUCUCUGAUGCUACCGUUCCUGGAGAAGGAGAGCACAAGAUCAUGGAAUUUGUGCGCUCGCAACGCGCAUCGCCGGAACACGACCCUAACACACGUCACGUUUUCUACGGUCUGGAUGCCGAUCUUAUCAUGUUGGGCUUGGCAACUCACGAGCCCCAUUUCCGCAUUCUGCGUGAGGAUGUCUUUGCUCAACAAUCGAAGCCUCGGACAUGUCACCUCUGCGGACAGGUUGGACACAAGGCCGAGGAAUGCACGGGCAAGGCGAAGGAAAAGAGCGGAGAAUUUGACGAGAAGCAACAUGCGGCACCAUUGAAGCCUUUUAUCUGGCUUCAUGUUUCGGUCCUCAGAGAAUACCUGGCUGCCGAAAUGCAUGUUCCGAACCAACCGUUCCCGUUCGACCUCGAGCGGGCGCUCGAUGACUGGGUCUUCAUGUGUUUCUUCGUCGGAAACGAUUUCCUGCCUCACUUGCCCUCUUUGGAUAUCCGUGACAAUGGUAUCGACACGCUGAUCGCUAUUUGGCGUGACAACAUCCCAGCCAUGGGAGGCUAUCUCACCCAAGAUGGACACGUUGACCUGAAGCGGGCCCAGCUCAUCCUCCAGGGCCUGGCAAAACAAGAGGAUGGUAUCUUCCGACGUCGUCGACAAGCGGAAGAAAGAAGAGCCGCCAACGAGAAACGGCGCAAGGAGCAGGAACAAGCUCGAAACGAAGAACGUGCCCGGAAGCGCAGACGUAGCUCUCCAGCCUACGACAAUGCUCCCAGCAACCGGUCUCGUGGUGGUGGCCCACCUGCCGACGGACCUCCGCCAGGCCUGGAAUUGAUUACUCCUAGUCGGGGACAUUUGUCUAAGGAGAACAGAGAGCUGACACACAGUAUGGUCGUUAACCGGGGCAAUGUUUACCGUGCCAACAUGGAGAACAAAAGUGCCGCUGCUGUGAUGAAGAGCAAACUCAUGGGCGGCGCAUCGGAGGCAUCGGCAGCCAACGAGACUCCAGCUACUGCGGAAACCGAAGAUGCAUCGAACGGCGGUAUCGAACCAACGUCUCCCUCCGUCCUUGGAAAGAGAAAAGCGGCCGAGGCCGCAACUGACCAGAAUGGGGAGACUGGAACUCCUGGCAGGGACUCACCUCCACCGGCUCCUCCAAAGAAGAAGGAGGAUGAGCUUCCGGAAGACACUGUUCGCCUCUGGGAGCCUGGCUAUGCCGAUCGCUACUAUGAGCAAAAGUUCGGUGUCGACCCCGAGGACCAUGAGUUCCGCCACAAGGUUGCUCGUGCCUAUGCGGAAGGUCUUGCUUGGGUUCUCCUCUACUAUUUCCAGGGCUGUCCUUCGUGGACUUGGUAUUACCCGUACCACUACGCGCCCUUCGCCUCGGACUUUGUGGAUAUUUGCGACAUGGAGGUUAACUUUGACAAGGGCAAGCCUUUCAAGCCGUUUGAACAGCUCAUGGGUGUAUUGCCCGCAUCCUCUAACCACGCCUUGCCGGAGGUUUUCCACGAUCUCAUGAGCGACCCGAAGAGCGAAAUCAUUGAUUUCUACCCCGAGGAUUUUCCCCUGGAUCUGAACGGCAAAAAGUUCGCUUGGCAGGGGGUUAUUUUGCUUCCUUUCAUUGAUGAGAAGCGCCUUCUUGCCGCCAUGGAGAAGAAAUAUCCCCUCCUCACAGAGGAUGAACAGGCCCGUAACACUCAUGGUACGGAGGUUCUUUUGCUGUCGGAGCAGCACCCGCUCUAUCAAGACCUUGUUGGCAACUUUUACUCGAAGAAACAAGGCCCCCCAGAGCUCAAAUUGAACAUGCGGGUGAGCGAAGGCUUGGCUGGUUCAGUGGAGCGUAGUGAAACCUACAUCCCCCAUGGCUCACUCGUUUCUAAUCUGGAGGAGUAUGGUAUGCCGAGCCUUGAUGACGAUCGCUCUCUCACUGUCAAUUACACCCUUCCUAAGUCUACUCACAUCCACAAGUCCAUGCUUCUCCGAGGCGUCAAGUUCGCGACCCCUAUGCUGAACGAUAGCGAUGUGCGCUCCGUGAAGGGCCGGGCUCAGAAUUCUGGUCGUUCCUUCGGUGGUGCGCCAUUAAACGGAAGAGGCCGUGGUGGACGUAUUGACUACCAAUCAGACCGUGGUUCCGGCGGUCGUCCAAACCCGUUUGCUGCGCAUCUUGAUCCGCGUUUCAUGGCCGGUCCUCCGGGUGCUGGUGGCAUGCCAGCAAUGCCUCACGGAUGGGUCCCUCCUGGAUCAGGCCCUAAUGACUACUACAGAGGACCGCCUCCUCCCCCACGCGGCGGUGGUAAUCAAUAUCCACCCCGCCAGGGCUAUCAUCAAAAUCAGUAUGGCAGCUAUGGUCAGGGCAACCGGGGCCGCGGAGGCUACCGUGGAGGAAGAGGGUACGGUGGUCAAAACCGUGGUGGUGGAAGCUACGGCCAAUACUAG